CAAGUGCGCACAGCUAUGUAAUGCAUUAGCCUCUUUUCAUUCAAGAGAAGUAAAACGUUUGAAUGUGAGCUUUUUAUGAAGAUGUGCAUUUAACGGUGCAAGAAGUCAAAUGAACUGGUUGGGAAGAGCAUUUGCCGUUUCCUGUUGCUAAUAAUUUUAAUGUGUUAGAUAUUGCACUAACCUAGAAGAACGACAUGGAUCUUUCAUUUAUGGCUGCGCAGAUUCCUGUAAUGGGAGGGGCCUUUAUGGAUUCCCCCAAUGAUGAUUACAGUGUGGAUCACUCUUUGUUUAAUUCCUCAGCCAGCGUCCAUGCAGCUGCUCUCACAGCCCAGAACCAACAGGAAGAGUCGCAGCCCGUCUCCAGUGAUGCCAUCUGGUUAUGGAUUGCAAUCAUCGCUACCAUUGGAAAUAUCGUUGUUGUAGGGGUAGUGUAUGCCUUUACAUUUUAAAUACAAGAACACAACCAGAGUGUCCACCUGUGGAUAAGCUGGAAUAGAACCUUUAACUGAAGAAUAUUACCAAUUGCACCAAAACAUUAUUAAAAAACCAAUGAUGCUGGCAAGCCAGAUUGGCGUGUAUGACAUGUAUUACACAUUGUAUCACUUUACAGAUGUUUACAGAUGUUCACUUUACAAGUCUGAGGAACAGUAAUGAAUUUUGGAUUUGAUUUUAAAAAAUAUAUAUACAUUUUAACAUUCCAAAGAAGCUGAUGGAAAUUAAAUGUUUGUGUUCCCUGAAAAUGAGUAAAAUGAAUAAUGUGAACUACCUGAAUAAAUCAGUGCAGUUUGUGACAAUCUGGCAUUUUUUUUUUUUUUUUUUGGCACUGUAGAUAAUAAAUUGCAGUUGUUCAAGAUGGAAAUAGCAGCAGCCAAAACAUGCAGUACUGCAAUAGUGGCACCUGCUGUAUAUAUUUCAUAAAAAUAUAGGGUCAUUGUUUCAUUAAUUCCAUUCUUAUAAAAAUAUGAUGCACUUACAGUAUUAUUGACACCUGUCUUUGCAAGUCACCAUUUUAAUUUGAUUACCUGUUUGCAAUAAUGUUUGAAUUCAGUGUAGUUUAGGGCGUAGGGUGUCUGCUAAGAAAUAAAUAAUAAUAAAUAAUAAUAAUAAACAGACAAGGAGUAUCUUUCAGCUUUGUGUUUGCCGAGUGUAACUGCCCACACUCUAAUGUGUAAAAUCUGUGUUCAACAGACGCCUGGGUGUUUUCAUCACUCUGAUUUAUUCAUCCUUACUUUAAAACUAGACCAAGCACUUGAUACAGUGUACUGCCCUGUAUUAAAUGAUUAAAUUAUCAUUAUGAUUAAAUUAAAAAAAAAAUGCCAAACAAAUGCUUCUAACCCCUUAAGGUACACAUGGAACUGAGCGGUUUUUCAAACAGUUUCCUCUUAAAAUACAUUUGAGAGUGACUCAGCUAUCACAAGGAAACUGACAAUUUGGAUAACCAGAUCCAACCUGUCAGUCAGUUUUAAACCCUUUUAUUGGAAAUAUCGUUGUUGUAAGGUUAGUGUAUGCCUUCACAUUUUAAAUGUAAAAACACAUAUGUUCCUUGUAGGGUUAAGCUACACCGAUCUCAACAAAAAGAAAAAAACACCUUUUCUGAGAAUUAGUAAUGCGCUGUGCUGUUGCAUUACCUCCAAUUGCAGGAUCCAGAUCCAGAGCAAUAAUGUAUUGACUUCAAGCACUACCUGAUAUAUAUCUUCUACUCUGUUUGGAAAAGCAUUUUCAUCCUGUUUUUGCAAAGCUCAGAUUCACAUACUGUAUUGCAUUGAUUAAUAAAGCCACAAAAAAAUGUAUAGCCCGUGGGUGUUUAGCGCUGCUAACUUUAAAUCACAAUUCACAGAGGAUGAUAUGCCCUUGUCUACUGUGUCAGCAAUGUCAGUAAACAAUGGAUGAGGAAGUGAUCUGUGCUGUGAUAUAUACAGGGCUGUAAAGAAACCACACUAGUACUGUGGCUGUAACUUUAAAGGAAAUAUUUCUGUUUGACAAGAGAGGUUAAUGGGCUGCUUUAUUAUGAUAACCCUGCAUAAAUAAAUAUAACCCACCUUCCAACAAGGAUGGACAUUGUACAUCUUGGCUGGCUUCUACUGUAACAUUUGAUGUCUGGCUAUGAUUAAUAUACUGUAUUCCUUCAAAUUUAAUACUGUAUUCCUUCAAAUUUAAUAAAAUUGCAAAGAUGCAUUUACUUGCAUAUGAAAACGGUUUAUGGAGGUGGUUUGCAGCUGUCUGCUGUCACACAGAGCAUUACAGUUAUGCACUGCUUCAUAUUUUCAUUUGUGAUUACUCGUUUUUCUGCCUUUUUGUGAACUGUGGUGUUGCGUGGCAAGUAGAAAAAUAUGGGGGUCUGAUUAGAACUGAGCCUAAUAACCAUGGAUCCUAGGAAUCCAUUUGCUGCGGAACCCGUUUGCUGUGGGGUUUUUUAUUGUGGAAAAGUAGGAUCCCUGCUAAUAACGAAACGCUGCUGCUGUAGUAAACAGGAAGGCUUGCCCGGAGCUGAGCUGAUCGGGAAGUCCUGAUUGGCUGGGGGGCGUGUCCAGGGAGAAUACACCUGCUUAACGCAGCAGCACCAUUUCAAGACCACUGCACCACGGCCAGGGCUACACAGACUGGCACUGAGCGAAAGCUUGCUUUGUUUACAGUGAGGAGGAGAGCGCCUGCUCAGGAUAACGACUACGGAACCCUUCAACUGCCAGUCAGUUACGUUGCUGUUUGUGUACUCGAGCAGUCACAGCUUUUGUUGGCGAUUUUAAUACAGGCAUCACUGUACUGUACUUGAAUUUAAGACGUAGGCCAUUUUUUAGAAGAAAAGUUGGUUAAAAAAGUGUGGCUUAAAUUCGAAGGAAUACGGUAAUACCCUUUACUGAUUGAAUCAAAAGCAGCUUAUUGCCAAUCAAUGUGUAACUGAGGAUGAAUGUAUUGAGUAUGAGGAUGGGGAUGAAUAAAAAUGGGCAUCUUUUUACAGACGUCUUUAUCUUUUCAGUCCAAGAAAGUAUCUAUUUAUUAAUAUCGUUUGUAUUUUUUACAUUUUUAAAAAAGGAAGAAAUGUAAAUUGUUAAGGAAUUCUGAAUGACCUACAGGUGCCAAACUAGCAGGAGCUUACUCAAUCUGUUUGUCAGUGCCUGUGUAUCUGUGUCUUACUGUAAAUAAUCUGACAGUUCUAUAUUUAGCUAUUUGCUGUAAAAGCAAUGAAGUAAAUGUUUUGAUGUAAAUAGCUUCAGUGGGUGUCAAUCAAGGUCUUGAAAGACCUUUUUUGUAAAAUGUGGUUUCUAGAGUGUUUACAACGCAUUGUGAUUUACUUCCACGAGAAUAUUUUUUGUAACAGUUAAUAAACAUUCAUUA